AAUACCGGUCGUAGUUCUGCCCCUCUCUUUCAAACGAGCCUGUUGAAACUAUCCAAUAUUCUAGAUGAAAGGCAUGGCAGGAAUAACAACACUUGCCCUCAAUGGAAAGAUGGCAAUGGCCAUUUCAGAUGGAGGUUAGUAUACUUGGAUGGAGACAAGCAAUGGACGACACUUGUGAGUUGAACAUCAUUGAGGUUGAUGGCUGUGGAAGUGACCAAAGCCUAAACAGCAAUGCCAGUCUUCCCAAUGUUCAGAGCAGUGCAUGUUACACUGAUAGAUCAGUCGCCAGCUGGGCAGUGUCCUUUGAACGGCUUCUGCAAGACCCUGUUGGUGUGAAGUAUUUCACAGAGUUUUUAAAGAAGGAAUUCAGUGCGGAAAACAUAUUAUUUUGGCAAGCCUGUGAACGCUUUCAGCAGAUCCCAGCAGAUGACUUGGACCAACUCUCAAAGAUUGCUAGCGAGAUCUACAGCACGUACUUGUCCAGCAACUCCCUCAGCCCCAUCAACAUCGACAGGCAGGCACAACUGGAGGAGGAUGUUCUCAACGACCCCACGUCAGAUAUGUUCAAAGCACAACAGCUUCAGAUCUUUAAUCUGAUGAAGUUUGACAGCUACACACGUUUUGUGAAAUCCCCACUUUACCGGCAGUGUGUGUUGGCAGAGGUCGAGGGUCAACCACUGCCUGGUAGUAACUCACAAGGGAGCUUUCUGACCUUGGAAUACAGACCUGACAAGGAGAGUGUGAGCCCCUGUGACUCCAAGAAGCAAAAGAAGAAGCUGAAGUCAGGAAAGUCUUUCAGCAGUAUUCCACAGGACAGCUAUGAUAGAAAAGGAGGAAACUUGGAAAAACAGAUCCGGAGGAGUAAAAGUAAACUGAAUCGGAAGAACGAGAAAAGAGAUUCCUUGGGAGUGGACUUUGCAGAAAGUAAUGGCCUCUCCCUAUCACGCCGUGAGUCCCAGGGGUCUGUGUAUUCAACAGCCAGCUUGGAACUUGGUUUCCUCAGCUCUCUGCAAGCUAGAACUGAGAUUGAGAGACCGAGCCCAGAGAUAGAUAAAGAAAAGAAAGUGAAAUACUGCUGCAUUUACCUCCCUGACAAAACGGCCUCUUUAGCAAUGGUUCGGCCUGGCUUAACCAUCCGAGACUUAUUGACUGGCGUCUGUGAAAGACAUGGGAUUCCUUUGGCUGCCACAAGUGUCUAUCUGGCUGGAAGUGAGAAGAAGCCCCUCGCACUGGAUCAGGAUAGUAUGAUCUUAUGUGAUCAGGAGCUUCGUCUGGAGAAGAAAAUAUUGUUUGAGUUGGAACUUGUUCCAGUAAAUCGGCAACUUUGGGUGACAGCUAAACCUGCAAAAACCGUGUCUGAGGCUUUGCAGCCAUUUCUAAUCAAAUAUAACUUGAGUGCCAAGGAAAUGGAAGCUAAAAUUAGUGGAGCGUCCGAGCCUCUGAAACUGGAUGCCACUGUGUCCUGCCUGGAGAAUCAGCGAGUGAUCCUGGACAAGAAACCUGAGCAGGGUGGACAAGAGGAGAAGAAGAGUUCUAGACAAUUGUCCACAUGCCUUAUGCAGCAGGCAUCUUCCACAGAGAUAAAGGAAGCCUUGGAGAGCCCCUCCAACUCAUCACGGACUUCUAAGAGAAACAGAAUUAAAGGAAAAUCUGAAGAGAGGAAGCAGCUGUACCGCAAGACUUAUGAUGUAGAAGCGCUGUUUGAGAUGUUGUCAAAAGCACAGAAUUGCCGUGCUAAUGAUCAACGAGGUCUUCUGAAGAAGGAAGACUUGGUGCUUCCAGACUUUCUGCAGCUUCCCAAAGAACUGGCCGGCAUUAGUCUUCAACCGGCCAAAUCGGACGCUGGGAGUGAGAAAGGCACCAGAAAUCAAACCUGUCCGGAGAAAGGUGCGACUGAGAGUGAAAAGAUCCCAGGAGUUCCGAAUAAGGAACCAAUCCUGAAUAUCUCCACUUCAGAGGGCACACAGCAAGAAGAUUCGACAGAACGGAAGAGUCUGUGCCCCCACGUGGCUUUUUAAUGAUGGCGAGAUGGUGUAGUUGUGGCCAGCAGACCGGGAGGGCCAACUUAGAGCAGCUGCUCCAGCUCUUCCUGUUUCCCCAUGAUGGGAACAGGGGGCUGAGCUCAACAGGGCAGGAUUUCCCAAACCACGGUGAGUCCCAGUGCGUUGACACUGCCAAUUCCUUCAGCGCCAUGACUGUUGAUGACACUCCAGUGACGAUGGAACUCCAUUUCCUUUUAGCUGGGCCAAGUGGCCACUUUCUGUGCUGUAUGAGGCUAUGAAUUCCUGGCUCGAGGCACUUUACAGAAUCCAAGCUGUGAAAGAAAUUGGGGAUCUCGGGAUCGCAACGUUGGAAUAGGCCACCGCUCAUAAGGGACCCUCCUUUUCAUGAUUUAUCUCCAUUUUAAUAUCCCGCUAAUGCUGCUAAGUGCAAUGAACCAAUGUAACACAAAAAGGCCCCUGCUUGGAAUUUACUUCAAAGCCGUUUGCAUUCAGAGAAAUGUGCUCUUGAUCAGGAAGGCAGACUUAAACUGUCAGACACCUGGGUCAAAGAUCUGUCUGACUGAUUCUAAUUUGAACCAUUUCCUGGAUCUUUCCAAAGUGAAUUCAACACCUAGCUGACACAUUUAUUCAAUCUUUAACUUGUUUACAUAUAUCUGUUGUUCUUAUUAUUGUUAGUCUUUGAAUAUUGUUUGUUCUUGAUGCAACUAAAGAAUGUGGAUCUCAGGAAAA